AUAGUCUAAAAGCAAAAGACGAUCCUCAAUUUUGAAUCUGUAGUUGUAUAUGGAUAUUAAGAUACAUACAAGUGGGGAGAAUAAACAUAGAGAAAGUGUCUCCUAAACUUACAUUCACAUGAAACACAACUUCGAAAACGUGCAUAACAAACCAUAGAAUAAUGAAAACCAUACAAUUAUCAAUACUAUAAAUAAUUCAACUUAGAGAAUAAUUUUGAAAAUUAUACUCAUCAAAUCAUACUUGUAUAAUAGAGUGGAAAGAUAGAGUGAAAAGAAAAAAAGAAAAAAAAACUAAAAAAGCAAGGGUAAGCGUGUCAAAAUCCAAAGAGGCUAAGCCCCCACUCCUUCCUUUCUUCCCAUCUCCUGAUAAAACUUAUAGCAUCGGUCAUUUGAUCGCAUAGACCAACACGUGGUCAUCUCUUACAUGCCUUAAUUGGGCCCCCUUUUCUCCUCAUCUUCCCUAUAUAUUACCCCCUUUCUCUCUCCCCACCUUUCAACCUAAAAACUAAACACAAAUUCACAUAAUUCUUCACUUCUUUCUCUCCCAUUUUUCUCAACAUUUUUUCUCUCAAAAACUUGGAGCAAAAAUUGCAAGAGUUAAAGGAGCUAUAUCAUGGCAAGUGCUAGUAGUAGCAAUUGGGUGUUACCAAAACCAAAAAUGGGUUCAUCAAAAAUAUCAAAAUCCCAAUUUAAUUUGGUAAAUUCUUCACUCCAAUUACCUUUACUUGACUCUCCAAAGAAAGCUUCAUCUACUACUACAACAACAACAACCCAAUCACCCAAGAAAAUUACGACUUUUCCUAAGGAAGUUAGGGACCCUUUUUUUACAUCACCAAAAGAUAACAAUAAUAUAUUUUCUAAACCGCAUCCAAAACAAUGGAAUCCCUUCCAAAAAGCGGCCGCGGCCGCGUUGGAUAUGGUUGAGAAAGCCUUAAAUUUCCACGAGAAUGAACAAACUUUGCCAAAAACUUCCGACCCGAGAGUUCAACUUGCUGGUAACUUCGCUCCGGUUCCGGAACAGCCUGUUCAGCAGAACCUUCCGGUGACUGGAGCGAUUCCGGAAUGUAUCCGGGGUGUAUAUGUAAGAAACGGGGCAAACCCGUUGUACGAGCCGGUUUCCGGUCAUCAUUUCUUUGACGGUGAUGGUAUGAUCCAUGCCGUUAAGUUUCAUUCAGAUGGUUCCGCCAGUUAUUCUUGCCGGUUUACUGAGACUAAUCGGUUUGUUCAAGAACGUGCUUUGGGUAGACCCAUUUUCCCCAAGGCAAUUGGUGAACUUCAUGGUCAUACCGGUAUCGGAAGACUUGUAUUAUUCUAUUCUCGUGCAUUGUUUGGUCUUUUAGAUCAAAAUAACGGUAUAGGUGUUGCCAAUGCCGGAGUUGUUUACUUCAAUGACCGUCUCCUAGCUAUGUCUGAAGACGACCUUCCUUAUCAAGUUAAGGUUACCCCUUCAGGAGACUUGAAAACUGUUGGUCGUUACGACUUUAAUGGACAGCUUAAAUCUACUAUGAUUGCGCAUCCUAAGGUAGACCCGGUUUCCGGCGAGAUGUUUGCUUUGAGCUAUGAUGUUGUCAAGAAACCAUACUUGAAGUAUUUCUGGUUCGCGGCUGAUGGUACGAAAUCUCCUGACGUUGAGAUUGACCUUGAUUCCGCCACUAUGAUGCACGAUUUCGCAAUCACGGAGAAUAACAUCGUGAUACCCGACUCUCAGGUCGUGUUUAAGCUUCAGGAGAUGAUUGGAGGCGGUUCUCCAGUUGUGUUUGACAAGGAGAAAACUGCGAGGUUCGGUAUUUUACCAAAAUAUGCAAAAAACGCUGAUGAAAUUCAGUGGAUUGAUGUCCCUGAUUGCUUCUGCUUUCAUCUAUGGAAUGCGUGGGAGGAGCCCGAAACCGAUGAGGUGGUGGUGAUCGGAUCCUGCAUGACUCCCGCAGACUCUAUUUUCAACGAGUCUGACGAGAAUCUCUCCAGUGUAUUAUCAGAAAUCAGGCUGAAUCGGAAAACCGGAACCUCAACACGCCGCGAAAUCCUCCCAAGUUCAGAGAAAAUGAACCUGGAGGCCGGUAUGGUGAACAGAAAUAAACUCGGGCGGAAAACCCAGUUUGCGUACCUCGCCAUUGCUGAGCCAUGGCCGAAGGUAUCUGGGUUCGCAAAGGUUGACUUAUUCACAGGAGAAGUGCAAAAAUUCAUGUAUGGAGAUGACAAGUACGGCGGUGAGCCUCUGUUUCUUCCUAGGAAUGCUGAUUCCGAAAGAGAAGACGAUGGUUACAUUCUCGCAUUUGUACAUGAUGAGAUGAACUGGACAUCAGAGUUACAGAUUGUCAAUGCCACAGAUUUAGAGCUGGUUGCGACAGUCAAGCUUCCCUCAAGGGUUCCUUACGGAUUCCACGGUACUUUCAUCAAUGCUAACGAUUUACAGAGGCAAGCUUAGUAAUCUGAUUUGAAAAUCAAACCCUAUUUUUAGUCCGCGAAGAAAUCUGCCAGAGGGAUGUUUGCAGAUAAGUCCCCGGAGAUUCUUCAUUUUGCAAAGAUCGAGCUCGAAAUCCUUUUUUAUUAAGGAGAUUCAGGCCAUCUUUUUUCAAUUUUUUUUUCUUUUUCUUUUUACCUUAAGAAAAACAGAAGGAAAGGUUUUGAGGAAUCAGCUUGUAGCUUUUUGGAUAUAUAGAUGAAGCUCAGCUGGUUUCUGUUGAUUCUUUCACUACUGUGCAUGAAGUAUAUACUAUAGCCUAUAGUAUUAGUUACUAAUAAAAGUAAAGAUUGGCAAUGUACAUUUAAUCUAUCUCGUAUUACUCUGUUUUUGCGGCUCUGUUCAUUACGGGGUAUCUUGUAAUUAAAUUUUUUUUUUUUUCUCA